AUGCGAAUUUAUGAAAGAAUGAAAGGAAACAACCAGCCGAGGAAAUCUCUCGCAUCGUCACCACUCCUCCCAACCUGUACUUCUUCUCCACGUCCGCAUGAUGUUUUUCAACCUGCACAAGUUCAAUUUAAUAACGAGGAUGUCGAUUUUUUUGAUGAUCAUGAUGAGAACGAGAAUGAAUCAACCGAGAUUCAACACUUCAUCGUAAAGAUUAGAAAUGUGAACCAUCAUCUUUUUGAUUAUUGUAUUGUCAACCUAUCCGGAAAGAAUCUCACUGAUCCAGUAAACAAAGUCUUCUUAAAUGAUGAUAAAAAAGAAGGAGAGAAAAACUGA